CUCACCCACCGCAAGGCUUCCUGUCUGUCUGGUGUCUCCGCCUGUUCCGGGAGUACAGGAAACAGAGGGGCUGCCUCGGAUUUCAGAAUGGCUAGCAGUACACUGAAGAGACGUUUGAGAGAGGCAGUUCGUGUGUUGGGCAGUGGUACAUGCCUGUUUUUCACGUAUUGUACUGUUAUCGGGGAUGAGAAGUUUUAUGCCAGACACCUGAUGCCUGCUCUGCAGAAGGUUGUGGAUCCAGAAACCUCACAUACUCUUGCCAUCUGGUUUAUUUCCAAGGGAUUCAUCCCAUGGGCAAAAUGUAGGGACUCCACCAGCCUGGAGGUCACUGUGUUUGGCCAAAAGUUCAAGAACCCAGUGGGAAUUGCAGCCGGGUUCGACAAACAUGGGGAGGCAGUUGAUGGUCUUUACAGGCUGGGAUUCGGAUUUGUGGAGGUGGGAAGUGUCACUCCACAACCCCAGGAUGGAAAUCCCAAACCCAGGGUCUUCAGACUGGCGUCUGAUCAGGCUGUUAUCAACAGAUAUGGUUUUAAUAGUCAUGGUUCUAUUGCUGUACAGCAGAGGCUUCAAGCUCGGUCAGAAACCCAGGAACAGCUUACAAAAGUGGGGAGACCUUUGGGUAUAAAUCUCGGGAAGAAUAAGCUAUCUCAAGAUGCUGCGGCUGACUAUGUGAAAGGGGUCCAGCAGCUGGGUCCAUUAGCUGACUAUCUGGUUGUGAAUCUGUCCAGUCCCAACACCCCAGGUUUGAGAGCGCUUCAGAGCAAGAAGGAGCUGAGGACUCUGUUGGAGAAGGUGUUGAAGGAAAGAGACUCUCUAACUGUCAACCGGAAGCCAGCUAUACUUUUAAAAAUAGCUCCAGAUCUGACAGCUCAAGAUAAAAAAGACAUUGCUGGUGUUGUAAUGGAGCUGGGAGUUGAUGGUCUCAUUGUGACAAACACUACAGUCAGCAGGCCGCAGUCUCUUCAAGACCCACAACAGGCUCAAUCUGGGGGCUUGAGUGGAGCACCACUGAAGGAAAUGUCAACACAGACUGUGAAUGAGAUGUAUUCACUAACCAAAGGAAGAAUCCCUAUUAUAGGAGUGGGUGGCAUCAGCAAUGGAGCUGAUGCCCUUCAAAAGAUCCGAGCAGGAGCCACUUUGAUUCAGUUGUACACAGCCUUCGUUUAUCAAGGACCCCCUGUGGUGAACAAAAUCAAACGUGAACUAGAGCAGCUGUUAAAGGAACAAGGAUUUUCCAGUAUUGCUGAAGCAGUGGGUGCAGAUCACAGGUCGUGAGAGAUACAGUUGCCAGUACACAUUACAGUGUUCAAGAUGGGCCUGUUGCUGCAGUCACAACAGCUACUGUGUAGUUGCAGGGCAACUACAAUGGGUUAGGCCCUGAUGAACUCAAGGUGAUAACUGAUGUCUUUCAUCAGAAUGAGAAGACCUCGCAGCUUCACAGAAGAAUAUCCCUUGGGGAUCACAAGCAGCUGAAGUUUUGUACCAGUUAAUGUGAUUGGUUUGACAGACAAUCCAUGGAGUGAUAAAAUAAAGAAAUGGGAUUUUAGUGAG